AUGCGAAAGUCACGUCAUAACAGCGUAGAGCAAAUCCUUGUUUUUGAUCGCAUAGAAGACAGCAUUCGAUGGAAGAGAAGGUUCGAAUGGGGAGGUACUAUCAUCCCAGUCAGCGGCCCAACGUACAGACCAACGCCUGUCGCGAUCGGUAACGUGAAUCGGAGCGUCAUCUACGUAACCGGCUCUCUUGGUAUCGUCCUCGCACUGAGCUUUUUGGCGGCAAAUAUUCACUUCCGAAAUGAACGUGUGGUGAAAAUAUCGAGCCCGGUGUUGAACAACGUGAUAGCUAUAGGAUGCAUCCUGCUCUAUGGGUCAACGUUCCUCUUGAAUGAAACACUACAGAUACAUACGUCAUACAGUCACGUGAUGAUAAGCAUCCAAUGCCAGGGGACUUUGAUCGUCGGCUGCAUUGGACUUUCUCUAUCCUUUGGCGCCCUAUUCGUGAAGACCUAUCGCAUUCAUCAGAUUUAUACCAGCGCUAUGAAAGCACGGGCUGUAAGGGGUGGUCUCGGCGAUGGUCGACUUCUCUUCACGCUCUCCAUCUUCGUGAUCAUCGAUCUCGCUUUCUUCAUCUUCUGGAUGACCUUCGACCCCAUGGUUUUACGAUCAAGGACAUUCGCACCGACCUUGGAUCUUGAGGUGCCAGCGCUUGAGAUUUGGUUUGUUCCGACGCUGAGGGCGUGCUCGUCUAAACACGUUGUCCCGUUCUUGAUCACCCUGUUGGUGUAUAAAGGAGCCUUGCUUCUGUUUGGAGUCUUUCUGGCAUGGUCGACAAGAAACGUGCGCAUAUCACAGCUGAAUGACAGUAAGCCGAACUUUGAUUUGAUUUGA